UCGCCCGCUCGAUGUGCUCCCUUAAUCCAGCGGCGGCGGUUUAAACCAACUGCCGCCUCUGUCGCCAGCACCUUCUUCCCAGCAACCGUAUCUACUAUCUAGAGCCUCAAGAUUUAUUAUGAACGACAUGGUGAGGUGAAUGAGCAAGUUAUUUCUACUUAACAAAGGAACCUGCUAUCAGUACUUACAUCUAGGGCAGCAGCUGGAUGUGCAGCUGGCCUGGAGGGGGCCAGGCCCGGCCGUCGAUGGUUUUGGCUCUAGCGGUGCUCCUGUUGUGCUGUCCGCGGUCUGCCCUUGCUGUCGUGUGAUGGUGACAAGUUCACCUUGGCAACAGUGGACUCUUCUACGCAUCCAUGGUAUAGGACCAAGUGUUGCUGCAUGGAUGCUAAUACCCUCGUUUUGUACGACGCUCAAAGGGGAACAAAGAGGGGUGAUCUUGACAUGCUCCACCUCAAGGGACACUAAACACAAAAGGCCGACCCCUGAAAAGGUGAUGGCCUGCCAAUGCCUAUCCGCUGUGCGGGGCAGCCUCCGUUUCCUUCAGUGUGCUCGCCGGAACAAGGUGCAGCUAAUGAGCCAUCCCUCGUACCUUGUCUUCGGAGAGAUGUGUUGUAGGACGAACCCAUCUUGCAGUAAGUUGCCCGGUUGUACAAAAAAAAAUCAUCUUUCACUGUUUUACAAUUUGGAUCUUGAGUGCUGCCAGUAGCCUGGACAAUUGAAUGAUAUUGUGUAAUCUGCUUGUUUGUCCAGGUUGAAGUGUUGAUUUUCAAUCAUGACUGUUACUUUCAUUCC